CAGCCUCGUCUGCUGCCGCUGCUCCCGGGCACGUCAUCGGGCAGCUCCGGGUUUAGCGAGGAGGCGGCUCUGAAGGAGCGGGGGCGGCGGCAGAGCCGGGUCUCUAGACAAGGCCGGGGCCGGGGCCGGAGCCGGAGCCAGGAUCUCAAGCCGGGGAGCCUAAACCCCGGUCCGAGGCCAAGCCAGAACUCGGGCUCCUCGCGCUGGGCCCGCACCGGCAUGGCGGCCUCGACGGUGCUGGGCGCCGGCCUGGCGCGGAUCCUCUUCUACCCGACGCUGCUGUACACGCUGGUGCGCGUCAAGGUGUCGGGACCUGGGCACCGCGACUGGUACCACCGCAUUGACUCCACCGUACUGCUGGGCGCACUGCCGCUGCGCAGCCUUACGCGCCGGCUGAUAGAGAAGGAGAAUGUUGGGGGAGUGAUCACCAUGAAUGAAGAAUAUGAGACGAGGUUCCUGUGUAACACAAAAGAGGAAUGGAAAGCCCUUGGAGUAGAGCAAUUGCGUCUCAGCACAGUGGAUAUGACUGGAGUCCCAACUUUGGAAAACCUAAAGAAAGGUGUCCAGUUCACACUAAAGUACAUGGCACUGGAGAAAUGUGUCUAUGUUCACUGCAAGGCUGGGCGCUCCAGAAGUGCCACCAUGGUGGCAGCCUAUUUGAUGCAGGUGUACAAGUGGAAUCCAGAGGAGGCCGUGGAUGCUAUUGCCAGGAUCCGUUCCCACAUCCACAUCCGACCUGGGCAGGUAGAGGUCCUCAAGGAAUUCUACAGACAGCUUAUGGCUGAAGCAGAAAAAACUAAGGCUUCCCAAGAAGUACCACGUCAUGAAUGAAGUAGGGGGACUGCAAAAAACUCUUAAGACUCUGCUGCUCAUUACAGAAUAAAGAAGUGCAUUCAGUGGACCUUAGGGGCUGUAACCCAUAAUAGACAGAAAAACAUUCUGCUCUACCAGAAGUGUGGCAAAGGAUGGAUAACCAUCCUCUUUGUCUGCUUUGUUUUGCUCCAGUCUCAGAAAACUGUUCAUGCUACAACAGAAACUAAGUGUAACCUCAGGUCUCAGAGGAUUUUUAUCUUUUACUACAUAGGGGCCAAAAAAAACUCCAUUUGAUAAGUAUAUGUUGAGGCCCCAUGUGCCCAACAUUUUUCCUCUUAGGAUUGUCACUGUAAAGCAUCUUAAUCCUGGGAAAGGGGAAGAGAAAGACCUUAGCUCUUGACCUUCA